UACGGGUAAAAAUGUAAACGCUCCUCUAGCAGCGGAGUUAGCUAACAUGAUCUACCCGCUCUUCUGUCAUCGCUGCAGGGUUUAUUUCCGAUUUUUAUCUCAGUCAGUAGCUAUCGGAUGAUGUUAUGAAAUCUUAUUUUGGUGCUUUAACAGUCAGCAUCCAAUUUCUGUCAUAAAAUUAGACAUGUUCGGGCUACUUUAGCGCAGCUGGCUUACUGCACUUUCCUCUUCUGUCCUGUUAUAAGUCAACAUGGCGCUUUCCUUGGUGAGUCUUUGUGCCAGAGAGGUGGUGAGUGACCACAGCUCGUCUCCUAACUGGUUAAGCUGGGUGCCAAGAGAGCUGUAUCGGGCGCUGCUGGAGGCCGCCUUCGCCUGCUCUAGACCGCUGGCUGUGGGCGAGCUGGUGCAGCGGUGGCCCGAACGGACGCUCCGCGUCGCAGGACGGCGGAAACCCGGUCAAGCGUCCCCAAAUCGACUCUGCAUUCAGGCUCUGCUGCUUGCAGUUGUAAGAGGACUCGUGGAUCAAAGAUCUACUCUGCAAGUUCUGGACAUCUGUGGGCUUCAGGGAGAUGAGGGAGGAAUGGGGGACCCAAUGGGAGGCUGGUCUCUGACUGUUGCCCUCUGCAGCAUGGUUCUUCAAGCUAGAGCUGGAGCACAGCGGGCUCAGCGGAAGGAAGGAGACCGGGAGAGGAAACGGUCCUCAGCACUUGAAAGGGAAAGAGAUCUGAAAAGAGAAAGGGGACCGAGGAGAGGAGUAAAAGGAUUCGGUGGUGAGGAUUUGUGCAGUAGCAGGGAGACACCUGGAUCUCCUGUAAGUGAAGAGGAGCUCAUUCAAGGAGUCAGAAGGAGGAUGGAGAUGGAUAGAAAAAGGGGAGGUGCAGCGACAGGUUUAGGAGGAACCAAAAGUGAAGUGGAUGAGAAAGAGGCAGAUUGUGAGGUGGUGGUGCGUGUUAGAGCUGAUUUUUUUGUAAAUGCCCGGUCGUGGGAGCGCGUUCGUGUGGCUCUGAGCACACCAGGACCUUUGAAGCUUCAGUGCAGAGACCUGCGUGUGGAGGAGAUUUCGGUGGCGAGUAUCAGGACUCUGCUGAACCUGUUGCCUCGCAGAGGGCUCCUGGGCAUUGACGUUCGAUACAGCAGCCUGGGAGUGGCUGGCUUGGCUGAGCUGCUGCCUCUUCUCUCUACAUUUCCUGAACUGAACUCUCUCCGGCUGCAUUACUGCAACCUGGACAUUCGCAGAGACCAUCUGGGCCAGGAGGACGUACUGAGGGACCUUUCACAGGGACUGGCUCAGCUGAGGGAACUACGGCGGCUCAGCCUCACUGCUUUGCGGCUCCCUGGUCAGCUGCGUGUGUUGCUCAGCUCACUGUCUCAGGCUUUGGAGAUCUUGGAGCUGCCAUACUUGAGCCUGAGUCCCACUGACCUGGCCUAUCUGUCAUGCAGCCAUCACGCCUCAACGCUACAGCAGCUGGAUCUGAGUGAGAACCGUCUGGACGAGAGCACCCUGCCUUCAGUUCGACGCCUCCUCUCCCAGGCUUCCAGCAGCCUGCAGCACCUCUCCCUAAGUGGCUGCGGUCUGACUGACAGCCUUUUGGGGCUCUUGCUUCCCUCGCUGGGGGGAUGCUCGGCCCUCAAGAGCCUGGCUUUAGCCCUGAACCCACUUUCGAUGGCGGGCCUCACGGACCUGGUGCGGAUGGCAGCAAGAAUGCCUGCCCUGCGGCAGCUACUCUACCCCAACCCUCUGGAGGACUACCAGCCGGGCCUCCCUGCUUUUCCCUCCAGUGCUCAGCUGUUGGAGUGGCCUCUGGAUGAAGCUACAGACAUCAACAUGACCAGUAGCCAACUGAACAGGUUGCUUGUAGACACCGGACGCUCUGACCUCUUCCUGACCUGUGACCUGAUCAAUUAUGAUAAAAACUUGGUGGACUAGAGCAGGCCAGAGGUGCACCUCGGUUCACUCACCAACACAGCUGACAAUCAAACAAAAGGCUCACGAAAUUGUUGCAUUUUAAUAUUUGUACUUUUAAAAUUUUUCUUUUCAUUUACGAAGGUAAAAAUAGCCACAAAAAUGUUAACCUGGUUAAAAACAGGAUGUAAUUCCACUAAUGGCAAUGUUACACCUGGCCACUAAAAAGUGUGUUACUGUUGGUUACCAAUAAUGAAAUUAUGAGGAAGUUACCGCUAGAGGGCACUGCAUCAUUCAGAUAUUAUUAAAGGGACAUUUUUUAAAAUGUACUUUUUUUCAGUGUAAAAGUUACAGCUUUUAGAGGAUUUGGUUUUCUGCUGGAGGAGCUGAGAAUUACAGAUGACCUCUAAAGUCUCAUGAUUAUCCAGGCUCUGGCUAGUAAAAGGCACCUUUUGGGUUACACACUGUUGAAAAUGGUCAAACUGUCCAAUAAAUACGUGAUCUUGUUUGAUUUCUCAGUUUAAA